GCCCCAGCCCCAGCUCCGGGUGAGCAGCGUCCUCCCCGCAGCCCCCGCGCACCCCCCGGCCCCUGAGCACCCCAAAACCCCCGCACCCCCUCCCCGAUCCGGGCAGAGGGUUCUGCAGCCAUGGGGCCGAGUCCUGCUCCCGUCUUUGUCCUGGCGCUGCUGCUGCUCUGGGGGGCCCCRGUGGAUGGGCAGCCCCGGGGUCGGAUCCUGCGAGGCUACGAAGCCAAACCCCACGUGAAACCCUACAUGGCCGCGCUGCAGCUGGACGGGCAGCACGUCUGUGGGGGAUUCCUCAUCGCCCCGCGGUGGGUGCUGAGCGCUGCCCACUGCACCGAGGACACGGAUGGAAAACUCUUCCAGGUGCUGCUGGGCGCCCACUCGCUCACGGCGCCGGAGCCCCACAAACGCCUGUACCAAGUGCGUGCUCAGUUCCCCCACCCCGGCAGCAACAUCCACAACAACAAGGACGACCUUCUCCUCCUCCAGCUGGAGGAGAAAGCAGAGCUGAACACGGACGUGCGGGUGCUGCCCUUCCAGCGGGAGGACAAGGACGUGGAGGCYGACACCAUGUGCGAGGUGGCGGGCUGGGGAACCAUCGAUCACAGCGGCACCCGGCCCGACCGGCUGCAGCAGGUGGAGCGGCCGGUGAUCAGCCGCCACGAAUGCAACCGCCGCAACCGCCACGACGGCACCAUCACCGACAAGAUGAUGUGCACCAACUCCAGCAAGAAGGACACCUGCAAGGGAGACUCYGGUGGCCCCCUGGUCUGCGGCGGGGUGGCCGAAGGGGUGGUCACUGCCGGGUCCCGCGUCUGCGGCAAUUUGAAGAAGCCGGCCAUCUACACYCGCAUCGCCCCGUACGCCGACUGGAUCGACAGCGUCAUGGCCUCCGCCGACGGGGAGGGGGACCCUCGCUGAGGGGACAGCAGGGACAUGCUCCACGCCACGGCUUGCUGCUGCCAGCACGGCCAGAGCGCCCGCGGAGCCGCCCCGCCGCGCUUCAGGGGCUCCCAUCGCUGCCCGCCCUGCUGUCCGAGCGUCCCCCCGUGCCAGGAGCAGGGCUGGGCCAGGGGACUGGCGAGGAACCGAGGAAAGGGGUCCCUGGCCCCCCACUCGCAAAGCACAGGGCCCAGCUGGGGGAGAACGGGGGGUCACAGCCCCCAACAGGCUUUGCUGAAGGUGCCCAAAACGCUGCCCGCGACUGCUGCAAUAAAGUGAUGAUGAUU